AGUCACUUUGACUUUGGUGACUUUCACUUUGACAAAGUACUUCAACGAGUUUAAUCUUUUUGUUGUUUUUUAUAUUUUUCACUGAUAUGAACAGUUGGAAAAGAGUUUCUAAAAAUAUAAUUCUAUGAAUAUAAUUAUAUUCGACAAAGUUAUUACUUUGGAUAUGAUUCAUCAUUUAUUUAUUCGAUAAGUAUCUACAUUAGAAAUAAGUUUAACUCGAAACUAAACAACGUGCAAAUGAAAAUCUUCGAAUCAUGACAAGCCGAGGAAGUUUUAAAUCCGCACGAAUGAACUACAAAGUUCAAAAUGAACAACUAGAAAGUAAAGGUACCAAACCAACUCGCGAAGAAUCCUCAAUUCUAGAAGUGUUCGUCUUGAUGAUUGUGCAUAUAUGUAAAAAGAUUCUAUUUUUUGACACCAAUUUAAAAAUAGCCAUUUACUUAGGUGCUCUCUUCUUACUAUCCAUCAUUGCGGAUGUGAUAACAUUUCCGAAAACAUACUUUUCGAGAAGUGACAAUGUUUUUAAUCAAUAUUUUGUCAAGAUUGGAUGGUUUUGGACACUGUUCAUGACAUUACCUUAUGUAUUCUUGACGUCAUACACAACAUGCUGCGGGAAAAGGAAUAUAAUAGGAAUGGGACACUUGUCAAGAUUACUUGUUGCUACAGUGUUUUGGUAUACCUGGACAACUGUAUUCAAUAUGAUAGAAACAAAUUAUGGACGUUGUAACACUAAAUUAUAUGACAACAAAAUUAUGUGUUUAAAGAAUGGACAUUUUUGGAAUGGGUUUGAUAUAUCUGGACAUUGUUUUAUUCUUAUAUAUUCAAGUUUAGUGAUGAUAGAAGAAGCAAAAGCUAUCAAUGGUUGGGAAAGGAUAAAGGACUAUAUAAGAGAUGAGAAGUAUGCUCGUAGUAUUGAUGACAAGUCUGCCAGCAUAAAUCCUUUAAAAAACAUUACAAGUGAUGAACUAAGUGCAUUAAAAGUGUCAUAUGAGAAUUACACACCAUAUGUAAGGGCAUUUUUAAUAGGCAUUGCUUUGCUGCAAUUGUUGUGGGAUGUUAUGUUAGUUUCAACUAUAUUGUACUAUCACAUUAUGGUGGAAAAGUUCAUCAGUGGUGUUAUAGCAAUACUCACUUGGUUUGUCACUUACAGGGUAUGGUAUACCAUACCAAAUAUCUAUCCCAAUCUGCCAGGAGAAGGCAUAUUUAAAUACAACAAUAAGACCAAACCUGUGUCCACUACACCAACUUACAGAAAAAAGAGUUCAACAAAUGGUAAACAUUUUAUGGGCAUGCCAAUUAAUGCCAACCAAGACUCUGAAAAUGGCAAAGAAGAAACUAAGUAGAUGUAUAGGAAGUUUUAUUUUUCACAGGUUGGGGUUCACAACUUUUUGGUAUUUCACGCACUGGCAGUAUGAAUGGUAACUUAGGAGUGCCACUCAAAUGAGGAUGAAAAAAUGAGCCAACUGUAAUCAAGCCAGCUGGUAGUGCUUCCAACAUGUCACGGAAUCUGUUAAUACUAUCUAUCACUUUACUAUCUGUUGAGACAUUUAUUAAUGGUGUUAGUUCUGAAAUCAAAGAAGGUACAAAGUUAAAAAAAAACACUUUAACAGCAACUGUGGCCUAUUAUCACUUUAGGUGGUUUACUAAAGAUAAACAAUCUUGGUAUGUCUUUAUAUAUUUAAGAGGUCCUAUAAAAUAUGUACAAAGAUUUUAAAAAUUGAGUAAUUAAGGUAAAUACCUGAUGAUAAACAUUUUGACUAUAAAUUUUUAGAUUAAAGAAUAAGAUUGUUAAAAUUUAAUUAAUUAACUAAACCGAUAGAGUAUAGCAACUUGCACAAUAGUUUGUUUAAAGAUCAACACUUGAUACUAUUUUUUAUUACUGUCCUCAUUGUUGACAUAAUGACAAAUUCUGAGAUCACCACGGAAUUAGCUACAAUUUUUUCAUUAAAUAGAAGACUGUUACACACUUCUAUGAAGAUGCUAGCAUUUUUUAAAUAGUUACCUGAAUCUAAAUAAUAUUCUAAAUAAUCUAGAAUCCUUGUGGAAUCUGGAAUAACUUCAUUUUUUACUUUUAGAACUGGUAUUUCCCCUCGGGGAUUUAUAUCCAAAAACCAUGAUGAAUAUUGUUCUCCUUUGGUUAUGUCCACUAUCAACGGCUCAAAAUCCACAUUUUUUUCAUAAAGGCUCAUGAGAACCUGAAAUAUAUCAAUAAAAUUGUUGAUAAUUGAAAAAAGUUUAUAAGUAUUAUUUUGUGCCAUCCAAUAUUGCUUUGGAUUAUAAAAAGUUGACUAUUCUCAUUAUUAUUAAUACUGAAAGUUGAAAGAACAAACAAUGAACACAAUAAAUUACACUAUACUGUACCUUUUGAGAAUAAAAGCUGUAAUAGUUACAGUAGAGAUAAAUGUUUGAGGAUUUUUUACCGGUAGUAGUUGCAUUUGUACUUAUGGAUGGCAUAGGAAUUUUUUCCAGAUAUUUCUGAACAAAAUGCAUGUUUGUUUAAUGGUGUGAAAACAACUAAUCUAAACCAUAAAAUUAACUACACUACAUAAAUCAACACUAAUCUUUAAACUUCUACGCGGUUUUUUCACCACGAAGAAAUUCUACCAACAUAACAAACAUGAAAUCAGCUGACUGACAGACAGUGCAUAAACUUCCGGCGGAAACAUAGUCUAAGAUAUGCAUUGAGAGAAAGUCAGAAAUACAUUAUCGUGAGGUGAUGUGACAACAUGUUCAUGCAUAGGAAGCUUAUCGGUUUCAUACAUUUACUAUAAUUAAUGACAAACUUAUAAGGCGUGUUGUAUGGUGUAGUGUGUUGUCUGAUGUAUGAAACAAGGCCGUCCUGUUACAGUACGACACACGACGCCAAUGAUUGGUGUUUCUCUAGACUAUAACCAUGGUAAAGAGAUAUAAAUAAGUUACUAUAAAACUAAAGGCAGAAAUACAUUACUAUAUAAGUGUGGAAGAAUCAUAUUUGUCACGGCAUGAAUUAAAUAUCUUAGGUUAAAAAUUACCUAAAACUUAGUAAGUUCUGCGAAGAUCCCCUCUAUUAAUAACUUUUUGUCUAUGGUUUAAUCUAUGAACGAUCAAGCCGACUAAGCCGAGACUCUUCUCUAUUCUUCAUUCUCCAAUUUUAUUUAUGAUAUGAAUAAUGAAGUGAAUGAAUAAUUUGAUUGUUUCGCGUUCGUGUAAUUUGUAAUGGUACUGGAUCGCUAUUAAAAUUUACUACAAAUAUUGAUGUCCAAUGAAAGUAAAAAAUAUACUAUGCUAUUAACGAGGCAUAGGAAAAGUAAUUGAUUGUUUCCAAAGUUCUGUUUAUCAACACUAAAAUGGAGGCCUCUAACAAUACCGACGCCGUCAACCUUGGCGUUGGUGAAGUAGAAGCUGAAAUUGGUGAAGAGUUAAAACAAUUAGAAGAAGGUAAAGAUUUUGAUACACGAAGUGAAGUGACUAGUUCAUCUUCAAGUGACUCUAGCUCACCGAGUAUUAGUUCAGUUAGCACUAAAUCAAAAGAGAGACGUGCAAAUCGCAAACGAACUAAGUCAGAAAGCCAUUCACCUGUACAGAAUAAACGACGAUGUUUAACAACCGCCAGCAGCAAGGUGAAGACUUAUGACUAUAUGACAAAGUUGAAUUACUUAUUCAGAGACACCCGUUUCUUUUUGAUUAAGUCUAACAAUGCAGAAAAUAUAACAUUGUCAAAAGCAAAAGGAGUUUGGUCUACAUUACCACAGAAUGAAGCUAAUUUAAAUCAAGCCUAUAGAGAAUCCCGAAAUGUGCUUUUAAUAUUUUCAGUGAAGGAAAGUGGUAAAUUUGCUGGUUUCGCUCGGCUAGCGAGCGAAUCGCGUCGCGAUGUUGCGCCUAUAUCAUGGGUACUACCACCCGGCCUGUCUGCUAAAGUGUUAGAUGGUGUCUUCAAAGUUGAUUGGAUUUGUAGAAAAGAAUUGCCUUUCAGUAGCACUCUUCACUUAUACAACCCAUGGAAUGAAGGUAAACCGGUCAAAAUUGGCAGAGAUGGCCAAGAAAUUGAGCCUAAGGUUGCAGAAGAGUUAUGUAGACUGUUUCCAGAAGAUGAAGGAAUUGAAAUGACUCCAAUUCUUAGAAAAUCAAAGGAAGCAUCCAAAAAGUCUUAUCUAAAGAGUGGUGGUAACUACAGGACAUAUCGUGCCCCUUUAUCCUCAAGAGGAUCCAACUUUCGAAACCGUUUAAAUACAUCAUCAAGAAGUAGAAGAAAGAUGUUUAUUUCACCAAGGAGUCGUAUUUCUUCAAGUUCAUACAAACGCCGUUCUCCUUCACCAUACAUGAGAGAACGUCUACCUAUAUGGUUUGGCCGGAAUCGUGAAGGGUAUGGUAAUAGUAGUACUGCAGCUGAAGCAUAUGUAGCUGAGUAUAUGAGAUCAAUGCAUCAUCAGUUGCCACCUUUGCCCUAUGUACCACCACCUGGAUUUAGUGGGGCACUCCCAGCUUAUGAUGGAAUUCCACCACCACCUCCACCACCUCCUCCAAGGUACUACGACCUGGCCGAAUAUCCACGUUCAGUGCUAGUGUAUGAUAAAAGGUCUUAUGAAAGAUCUGUAGAUGAGUUUCUGUGGCGUACUUCAGAUCGCUCGCGUGCCCGUAGUCGUGAUCGUGAUUCGCACAGAUCCUACCGUGAUCGACGAUAAAACUAUCAACCCCUAAUGUAUUGAUAUGAUAUCUGAUAAUUGAUAAUAAAAAAAAUUGUGAUUGAACUUUGAACUUUAUUGAUGAGUUAAUCUUGAGUGUUGUGGUGAACUAUGUUAUAAUAGUCUUGAACUCUUUUGAUUAAAAUUUGGACAUUUUUAUUGAAUAAAAGGUAUUUAAAUGGGACUAAUGAAAAAUGGGUAUCAGUGUAGUUCUACAUUUAAUGCAAGAUAUCUUUAUUUACAGGGUAUUUAUGCUGGAAAACAGUGAUGAGUGUGAUUUUCAUUAACUGACUAUUUUUCUAAAACUUUGAUGCAGUGAAAAGUGUAACAUUAGCCAAUUUAUAUUAUUGUUGUAGUUAUGACCUACAAGUGCUGCUGGCUAAUGUUACAGAAUAAGAAAAUACAGUUUUUUUAUAUACUGGUACAACUAAUAUGGUUGUGUAUAACUGUGAUAAUAUUUCCGCCUAUUUUAGCUGUUAAAUUUUAUAUACCAUAUUACUGCAUAACCAAAGAGAUAAUCUUCAAAAUUUUGCAUUUUUAAUAUAAUAUAUUGAAAUGGUUUUAUUAUUCCUGUUUUUGAGUUUGCUGUUUGCUAUAAAACAAUUUAAUCCAGAAUUUUUUGUUCUGGUAUUUUUUUAUAUAUAUAUUUCACUGUCAGUUUAUAUUAUAAUGUUUAAUAGUGUAGAAAAACAAAGGCAAAAAGCUGUCUAUUAAAACAUGUAGUUAUGUAUUAUUUCCAGCCUUAUGCCAAAAUUAUUACUUAUCAACUUAUUACAAGCAGUAUGUAUUGUUUAUGCUGAAUUUUGGUCUGAUGAACUGUUGUUCCUACACUUAAUAUGGCUUAUUUUAUUCAACUUUAACAAUUAUCAUUUUUGUGAAGCAAGGUUACAGCAACCCCUUCUCAUGAAUUAUGCUCAAACCUUCUGUGGUGGAGGUUUCAAUAGUGGGCACUUAUGGGCUGCUGAUGUGAUGUGGAAAAGGAGUUUCUCAAUGUGAAUGUGACCUGGAUGUAUGUCUCUGGCUGUGAUUUUAAAACACAAUAUCAUAACCAGGUUUUAGUCAUUAGGUAAUCCUCAAAUUGUGCCUGUUAG